CCAGGCGACAUGCGUGAUCUAUGGGAUCGGCACUUCGAGCCUAUGUCAGAUGACUAUCAUUGAUCACGCACGUCCCCUGACGAGGUUGAACAGAUGGUGUUGCUUGACAUUAGGGGUAUGUUGCAGUCCAUGGGUAAAGACAUUGUUGAUUUCUCUCUUCCAAUCAUAGAUGAUGCGUUUGACCCAACAGAAGGCGAGGCAAGAGAGGUUAUCGAGGAAUCAACCGUUGAGUUUAAUGUGGAUGACACAAAAUUUGCAUCUUCACUGUACAUGGAGCAGAGGGCCGCAUACGAUGAGAUACUAGGGGCUGUUGAACGCGGUGACGGGGGUGUAUUCUUUGUUGAUGGCCCUGGAGGUACAUGGAAGACCUUCCUAUAUAGGGCGAUGCUUGCCACGGUGAGGAGCCAGAGCAAGAUUGGUAUCGCUACCGCGACGUCCGACAUCGCCGCUUCUAUCAUGCCUGGCGGCAGGACUGCCCACUCGAGGUUCAAGAUCCCAUUGAGUUGCGAUGAUGGAGCCUCGUGCAACUUCACCAAGCAGAGUGGGACCGCCAAGCUGCUACGGAUGGCCUCAUUGAUAAUAUGGGACGAGGCCAGCAUGACGAAGCGACAAGCAGUUGAGGCAUUGGACAAUAGCAUGCACGACAUCAUGGGAAUAUGCGACCGACCCUUUGGAGGAAAGACUGUUGUUUUUUGUGGGGACUUUAGGCAGGUUCUUCCGGUCGUCAGGAGAGGGUCGCGGGGCCAGAUAAUUGAUGCAACCCUGCGAAGUUCUCAUCUAUGGAAGGGUAUGCGGCAGCUUCGGCUCAUCACCAACAUGAGGGCUCAUAAUGACACGUGGUUUGCCGAUUACUUGCUAAGGGUCAGCAAUGGCACUGAGGAUGUCGAUGAUCAAGGCAACAUAGUACUCCCUGAAGAUAUUUGUCUGCUGUCUACUGGCGAGGUUGACGACCUGGAGAAGCUUAUUGACCAUGUAUUUCCAAGUCUAGACGACAAUAUGGCUGAUUCGAAAUACAUGACAUCUCGAGCAAUCCUUUCCACAACCAAUGACAAUGUAGACAAGAUAAACAUCCGCAUGAUAGAGUGUUUUCAUGGAGAUGAAGUAAUCUACCAUAGCUUUGACAGUGCGGAGGAUGACCCAUAUGGCUACUAUGCUCAGGAGUUUCUGAAUGGAUCGACCCCUAAUGGUCUUCCUCCGCAUGCUCUCAAACUAAAGCUGAACUGCCCUGUCAUACUUCUAAGGAACAUUGAUCCAGCUAAUGGACUGUGUAAUGGCACUAGGCUUGUUGUUAGAGGUUUUGAGAAGAACACCAUUGAUGCAGAAAUCGUGAUUGGACAACACGCUGGCAGGAGGGUCUUCCUUCCUCGAAUACCUCUCUACCCAUUUGAAAAUGACAUGUUUCCGUUCAAGUUUAAGAGGAAGCAAUUUCCUAUAAGGCUUAGCUUUGCUAUGACCAUUAAUAAGGCUCAAGGGCAGACCAUCCCGAUUGUUGGUGUCUACCUACCCAAUCCCGUGUUCUCACAUGGUCAGCUCUAUGUUGCUUUGUCUCGAGCCACCGCGAAGAGAAACAUAAAGAUACUCAUUCAGAUGGAGAAGCCAAAGGUAAGACCAACAAGCAAAAGGACAAUCCAAAGAAGCGCAAAAGAACGACCGUGUCCUUACUGACCUCGAUGAAGAACUCGUCUACAAGGAAGUCCUUACAGGCUGAAGACCGAUUUUAAUAGCAAGGCAGGUUUUGUAAUGACAGGUUGAUUACUCUUGCGAUUGUCAAGACAUGUUGUAAUUCGUUUUUUUACCACUAUCUUUUUAUCCGUUAUUUUGAUAGCUGGAUGUCUACUCGAUCAACUUGAGCUACGCACUGCAGUUCAAUAAUCAGCCGUCGUAUUGGCACCAUCAUCGUUGUUAUGGUUUUUCUACUAUCGUUGUUUUUAUUGCAAAAUGCGCAUGCUGAUAGCAGCGUAGUUUUUUGUGUGUAAUCUGUGAUCCAGAUCUAAUGAUUGGCCUGCUAAAUACCUUGGACAUGCAAUGAACUUUUUGAAUUUAGGCAAGUUAUCAUACCCGUUCUUAUUUAUUUAUUUUGUGCGUCCUUAUUAUAUACCUAUUAUUCUGAUAUGUCACAACUAAAAGAUUCAGAUUUUGUGCAUCAGAUCAGUUUGUGCAACUUUUGAAAUUAUAUUUUGCAUAUGUACUUUUAAUAAAUAAUAAACUGCAUGUAAUGCGUACUUGCGAAUAAGUUUAAUAAGGACGCACGACUAUGUACAUUGUGAAAAUGCACAUGUCUGUUCGCUUAAGUGUGUAAUAUUUGGCAAAAGUUAUAUUACUUGUACUUUCACGCAGCUAUACUGGUUAUUUAACAGUUCAAUUCAAAUUACAUAUUAUAUUUUGCAAUUGGUUCAUUUAACUUUAUGAGUUUACUGCGGAUCUGAAAGAGUUCUAAACUUAAAAUGCGUACAAGGCUGCAUUAAUCUAGGACAUGGUUAUUUUUGGUCCAGGGAGGAAGCAUCGUUUCAUGGAUUUCUGGUCCAUGAGAACUUGUGUUAGGCUGAUAUCAAGCAUCGUGUGUUAUGGUGCCUUAGCGGGACAACAAGCAUUCCACUAAGAUGUCUGGUUGGUCUGAGGGUGGUCGACUUAUAGUUGCACCCAGCCAAUACGAUUUGCUGUGCUGGCAUCAAAUAAUUAAAUGUGAAUCAAAAUGUGUAUCCUUUUAUAGGUGCCAUGUAAUACUAGGAUUCUCUUAUAUAUAGAGCUCAUUAUAUAUAGAGCUCCUAUCCAUGCUAAACCGAGAGCAUUUGCCUAAUAACGUUGCUACUAAUGCAUACGCAUAAAUAGACGUGCUCUACUAUUGUUUCGAGUGUUGUACGUAUGUGUGUCAUUAAGACAGCCGUGAUGAAAAAGAAUAAACAAUAUUCUCCCGUAGUGCAAUUAUAUUAUUUGAUAUAGAUGAUUAUUGUAAAAUUAUGUGUUAGGCAUGAUAUAUGUGAAAACACAAAAAUUGUCUAUUGUCCCAUAGUUACGCACGGGCAUUUACCUAUAUCAUAAUUUUAUAUAUCAUCAAGGUAAUGGAAAAUUAAAAUAUAAUGUAAUUAAUCAAUAUAUUAAUGUGAAUAUCAGAAAGGUUAAUAAAUAUCCAUAAAGAGGAAACUAUGUUUUCAAAGGCUAGUGAUAAUCAGAUGCGUUUUCAUAGGCAAGUGAUCAUAAUGAAUAUCAAAAUGAAGACCACUAAACGAUUUUGAU